AACACUGAGGACCGGUGGCGCGCGCUCACAGAUUCCCACUCAGCCACACACUCCCCAAACAAAGAGAAGCACGCGAGGCAGCACAGCAUCCCACCCUUUCAGCCGCGAGCUCACUUGCAGAACCGCCCCCCCCCAUCCCUCCAAGACAGAACCGGUCCGGUCCGAGGCUCGAGCGCACAGAAACCGACAAUGACAGCUAACGGCGCGACUAACGGAACCAGCGACAUGCUGCAGAUCCAGUUCGGUCUGAUCAAUUGCGGGAACAAAUACCUAACGGCAGAGACCUUCGGCUUCAAAAUCAACGCCUCCGCCACUAGCAUGAAGAAGAAGCAGAUCUGGACUCUGGAGCAGAGCGGCGACGACUCCACCGGGAAUGUGUUCUGCCUCAAGUCACAUUUGGGCCGUUACAUCGCCGCCGAUAAGGACGGGAACGUUACCGGAGACAGCGAGACCCCGGGCCCAGAGUGCCGGUUCAUCAUCACCGCCCAUGAUGAUGGACGCUGGUCCCUGCAGUCCGAGCCGCAUGGCCGGUACCUGGGCGGAACCGAGGACCGGAUCAUCUGCUUCGCCCAGACCGCCUCUGUGGCGGAGAAAUGGAGCGUGCACAUUGCCAUGCACCCGCAGGUGAACAUCUUCAGCAUGACGCGCAAGCGGUACGCGCACCUGAGCUCCAAGGUGGACGAGAUUGCCAUCGACCGGGACGUCCCGUGGGGGGUGGACUCCAUGAUCACGCUGGUGUUCUGCGAUCAGCGCUACCACCUGCAGACCGCCGACAACCGCUUCCUGAGGAACGACGGCGCGCUGGUCGCCACCACGGACAAGAGCACGGGCUACACGCUGGAGUUCCGCUCCGGCAAGGUGGCGUUCAGGGACUGUAGCGGCAGGUACCUCGCGCCCUCUGGGCCCUCCGGUACCAUGAAGUCCGGUAAGAGCGCGCGCGUGGGCAAGGACGAGCUGUUCGUGCUGGAGCAGAGCCACCCGCAGGUCGUGCUCACUGCUGCCAACGAGAGGAACGUCUCCACCCGGCAAGGUAUGGACCUGUCAGCCAAUCAGGACGAGGAGGGCGACCAAGAAGUGUUCCAGGUGGAGAUUUGUCGUGAAAACAGGAAGUGUGCGUUCCGGACCGCUGCUGGAAAAUACUGGACACUGACUGCCAACGGCGGCCUGCAGUGCACCGCCUCCACCAAGUCGGCUAAUUGCUACUUUGACAUUGAGUGGCGUGGGAAGAGGCUGACUCUCCGGGCUGCUAAUGGGAAGUAUGUCGCCGCCAAGAAAAACGGCCAGCUAGCAGCCACCAUCGACUCUGCCGGUGAGUCUGAGGAGUUUCUUAUGAAGCUGAUUAACCGCCCGAUCAUUGUGCUGCGCGGGGAGCACGGCUUCAUCGGCUGCAGGAAGGUGACGGGGACGCUGGACUCCAACCGCUCCUCCUAUGACUACUUCACUCUGGAGUUCAGAGACGGCGCCUACAGCCUGCAAGACUCGACGGGUAAAUACUGGAUGGUGGGUAACGAGCAGUCGGUGGUGAGCAGCAGCGACACACCUGUUGACUUCCUCUUCGAGUUUUGCGAUUACAACAAGCUGGCCAUCCGCCACGCCGGCGACAACAAGUACCUCCGUGGCGACCACGCCGGCGUGCUGAAGGCCAACGCCGAUGACCUGGAGACCGCCACGCUCUGGGAGUACUGAGGGAAGCUAGGAUGUGGUCACCCACUGCUGCGAUGCUGAUAAAUGAAGUGUGGUGACGCAGCACUACCCGUCCAUACACCUACCUGUCCCCCACUCACCCUCCCGUCCAUUCCUUAUAUUAUAUCCUGUACUUAUGACUUUAUGUAUUGAUAAACUGCACAGAGAGAACAGAAAUGAUAGAAAAGGGGAGACACUCCUGUCUGCCCUGCCUCCCUUUCCUUCCCUUUAUCCUUCCUUCCUCCCUUUCCCAGCUCUGCUCUGCAGCGCCAACCUUUCUGUUGCCAUAGUUACCGUGGGGCUGUACACUUUUUUUUUUUUUUUUUUUUCCUGCUCCGAUCUGGUUCGCUGCUUGACCCGCCACUCACACUCCUCCUCGCCUUACGAUUGUGCCGUCCCUCUCCUAGAACAGAGCAGAGCUACAUUAAAAGAGCCCUCCCCACCUGGGUUAACCCCCUCGUCUCUACUCUACUGGUCUCUAUUGUCUGUGUGAGCAGCGCAUGGUGGCAGUAUUAAUGGUGUCUGACCUGGUCGGCUAGAUCUGUUUCUACCUGAACUAAUCUACCAAAACAGAUCCACCACCGGAUAAAAUCUACUUCAGCUGCUUCCUGUCAGCUGGAUCUAAAAGGUGGAGCAUGAGGGUCUUUUUUUGUGUCUGGCUCAUGUAGAAGCAGAUUCACGUAGGACCAGGCCUAGUGUGUUUGUUUUUAAGAGCAGGCCCUGUUGCCUCUGUGUGAUGACUGUGAUAUAACUGAGUGGAUCUGAUGAUGAUAAAGAUAUUGAAGAUGGUGUUACUGACUGGUUUAACCCCCUUCCUUCAUCUCAACUGUAAAAUUUUCAAAUGUAAACCUGUUUCCUGUGUUGUUCUCUAGCUGUGUUCUCAUUGGUUGGCAGGGAUUUUCCUGGACCAAACAGGAUAUAGGAAAUUAAAACAUAACCCCGCCCCUCCCCGCAAGCUAAACCUAUUGUCCCGAGAACAUUAUAAAGAAAAUUUAAAUGGUGCGGUCACACAUGUUUACUGCACUCACCUGUCCUUACCACUGACACACAGUUGGGGUCCUUUCUUUUUCUAUGUCCAAGGCACAGACAUUAUCAUGGGUAGGCGUACAGUAGGUAACCAUAGCAGGGUGAAAUGAUUUAUAGACCCUUUUGAAAGCUGCUUUUUGAAUCAAUCAACCAAACUUAGACCUCAGCCUUUAUCUACACCAAACCUUUGAUACUGGAUUAACAAACUUAUCAUCUCACACACAACUGACUAAACUGGAACCUGGUGCUACUAACUCCUACAGUAACUCGUGACACGUUGAGAAAUGCUACAGGCCCGUCGAGCAUCUCGCACACUGCACAGACAGUGAUUUCCUGCUGCGUCUCUGCCCCUGCACUUGAGAGCUUUGCCAUAUGACCGAAAAGGGCUGCAAGAGUACCCAUAAUACCGUAAACCUGCUUCUUCUUUUGCUUUUAAUUUCUGUCUAAACUUUAAGUAUCACGACAGCCUUCACAAUGAUAUGUGACCUAUUUAGUUUUUGUUGGAUUUUUCUGUUUGUUCCUUGCCAGUGAAGGUGGGGAAGGGAUAGGUUUAAAAAAAAAAACAGAAAAGAAGCAGACUUUUGUCGUCCUUUUUAACUGAAAUGUCUGUUAUGCAGUCAUGUAGCACAUUGCACCCAUGGGUCCUGCCCUCUUUGAUUCUCUACCCUUCAGCAGCCUGCUUUCUCCAUUACCCACUGAAGCAGCAAUGGUUUCUGUUUAUCUUAAGAUUAUCGUGGCAUGUGGCCCUAACUGUUUGGGCUCUUUAACCCAUCAUCGUAAUCACCAAGCAUUCCUCUGAUGUGAAAGUCAGUAGGGAAAACCAAUCAUUGUAGCUCCAUGAAAUGAUCCAUGAUUGUAGCCAGCUCCUCACCAAGUCCGUCCAAUUUUCCCUCUGAAGUUUUGACCGUUUUUGCAUGAAGGGUUGAGAAUCUCAAGUGACUAAAAGGAGCAGUUAUCCUCGGAGAAACAACAUCUCCAAGGUAACAAGACCAAGGCUUAGACAAACGGAUGUGGAAGGGUAAACAUGUGGUAAUGACUGUGCCUUACUCUUGAGUUUUUGGGCAGUAGGAAAAUAAAAGAUAAUUAAAAAAAAAAAAAGAGAAAAAAAAAGAAUGAAAGUCCACAUCUUUGCUUUGUAUAACUGGAACUUCUUUUUGUAUUAUUAUUUUGUAUAAUUUUUUUGAUAUUGUGGAUUAAUCUCUCUUGUGCCAUUAGUUCACCUGAAAUCCAACGACCAAUAAAACUGGGAUUUGGAACGCUA